AUGGCCAGAACACGAGGAGCAAAGUCUUCGUCUCCAUCGACUCGCCUGAGAAUCCCAAGAGGCGCGCCUGUCCAAGACUCCACCUCUGAGCCGCCGCGCCCUCGCCUCGCUCCACCACCAGUCAAGAGCGCACCUACCAGUCCUCCGGCCAGGCGCUAUAAUACAAGGAGAUCACUUACCAUUGCCGGUGUGAGCUCUUCUGGACCCCUAAAGAAGAAAGCAAAGGUCUCAGAGCCGAUUGAUCUGACCGAGUCCUCUUCGAAGCCUGAAUCAGAGCCUACACCAUCUCCUCCGCCUGCUAAAAAGUCUCCAUUGCUUGCUAAAAAGUCUCCACCCCCUGUCAAGAAGCCUCAGCCAUCUCAGGCGCUAGCAAGAGAAUCUUAA